CGGCGGCGCCUACCCAGGUGCGCGCCGGCGGCGGCACAGAGCGGGCGGCGGACACCGGCGGACAGCGGCACCGCAUCCCCCCGCCGCUCCUCCUUUCCUAGAGGAGGGAGGGAUCGAUCCCGCCCCCCCCACACCCCUUUUUCAAGCCGCCGCAGCCCGGCGCGGUGGAACCGCGGCAGCAGUAACGGAUGUGCCGCCCCCCGCGCAGCGGCCGCCGCGGGCAGCCCCGGGGCAGAGCGGCGGGUGCACGGGCAGCGAGCCCCGGCCGCCGCACCGUCUUCUCAGCUCUCAUUCAAGUCUCAGCUACCAGAGAGAAAAUCUAACUCAACAGGGUCAAAUGCUUUCUGGCUGACAUUCCUGUUUCCCUUCUUCCAAAACACAACCACAGAACAAAUAACAGCAUGCCAAAAGAAAAAUGUUACUAGGAACAUCUUCAGACACUGAUUUGCAGAAGAUUCUGGAACAUAGAGGAGCAGCUGAGAGUCUUCAGACUUCUCUAAACUCCAAAAAACAUCCUUAACCUUCUGGAUGUCCAAGCCUUUCACCUUAAACUUUAAGCUUUAUGUUUUCUGCCUGAUAACGAACUACCCUUUCAAUCUGUUGCUUUAAGGGGCCGAGGAGCUGAACUCACUGGCUGACCAGCAUGGCGAAGCUUAGAGUUGUUUUAACUGUUUGCCAGUUGGUGCUAGAGUUGUUAAUGAAUUCAUUAACUGAGUCUUCCGUACAGAGUAACGAAUGUCCACAGCUUUGUGUAUGUGAAAUCAGGCCUUGGUUUACACCACAGUCAACAUACAGGGAAGCCACAACAGUUGACUGCAAUGACCUUCGAUUAACAAAAAUCCCCAGCAAUCUUUCCAGUGACACUCAAGUCCUUCUGUUACAGAGCAACAACAUUGCAAAGACCACAGAUGAACUCCAACAGCUGUUUAAUUUAACAGAAUUGGAUUUUUCACAAAAUAACUUCACCAGUAUCAAAGAUGUGGGGCUCUCUAAUCUCACUCAACUUACUACUUUGCACCUGGAGGAAAACCAGAUAACAGAGAUGACCGACUACUGCUUGCAAGACCUUUGCAAUCUUCAGGAGCUGUAUAUAAAUCACAACCAGAUCAGCAGCAUUUCUGCAAAUGCAUUCACUGGCCUGAAGAAUCUUUUGAGAUUACAUCUCAACUCCAACAAAUUAAAGGUUAUUGACAGCCGUUGGUUUGAUUCUACUCCUAACUUAGAGAUUCUCAUGAUUGGAGAAAAUCCAGUGAUUGGAAUAUUAGAUAUGAACUUCAAACCACUCUCAAAUUUAAGGAGUCUAGUUUUGGCAGGUAUGUAUCUCACAGACAUUCCUGGCAAUGCCUUGGUCGGCUUGGAUAGUCUUGAAAGUCUUUCCUUCUAUGACAACAAACUGGUAAAAGUUCCUCAGCUGGCACUUGAGAAAGUUCCAAAUUUAAAAUUCCUGGAUCUCAACAAAAAUCCGAUUCACAAAAUACAAGAAGGUGAUUUUAAAAACAUGCUCAGAUUGAAAGAGCUUGGAAUCAAUAACAUGGGAGAACUCGUUUCUGUUGAUAGGUAUGCGCUGGACAACCUGCCUGAACUUACCAAGCUUGAAGCCACCAACAAUCCAAAGCUGUCUUACAUACAUCGCUUGGCAUUUCGCAACGUUCCUGCCCUGGAGAGCCUGAUGCUGAACAACAACGCCUUGAAUGCAGUCUACCAAAAGACAGUGGAAUCCCUUCCAAACCUGCGCGAGAUCAGUAUCCACAGUAACCCGCUCAGGUGCGACUGUGUCAUUCACUGGAUCAACUCAAACAAAACCAAUAUCCGUUUCAUGGAACCUCUAUCCAUGUUUUGUGCUAUGCCUCCAGAAUACAGAGGCCAGCAGGUGAAGGAAGUGUUGACACAGGACUCAAACGAACAGUGUCUUCCAAUGAUCUCUCAUGAGACCUUUCCAAAUCACUUAAACUUGGACAUUGGCAUGACGGUGUAUUUAGAUUGUCGGGCCAUGGCAGAACCGGAGCCAGAAAUUUACUGGGUCACUCCUCUGGGUAAUAAAGUGACUGUCGAAAGUCUGUCUGACAAGUACAAGCUGAGUAGCGAAGGCACCUUAGAAAUCUCCAACAUCCAGGUUGAAGACUCCGGGAGAUACACCUGUGUUGCUCAAAACGUAGAAGGGGCUGACACGAGGGUCGCUACUAUCCGGGUGAACGGAACGCUUUUGGACGGUACCCAGGUUCUGAAAAUCUAUGUUAAGCAAGCUGAAUCUCAUUCAAUCUUAGUUUCUUGGAAAGUUAAUUCCAAUGUCAUGACUUCCAAUUUAAAGUGGUCAUCGGCCACUAUGAAGAUUGACAACCCACACAUUACGUACACUGCAAGGGUCCCAGUUGAUGUACACGAAUAUAACCUCACACAUUUACAACCAUCUACGGAUUACGAAGUGUGUCUAACCGUGUCAAAUAUCCAUCAGCAAACACAGAAAUCCUGCGUUAAUGUUACAACAAAAAAUGCAGCUUUUGCACUAGAUAUUUCAGACCAAGAUACCAGCACUGCUCUCGCGGCAGUAAUGGGAUCCAUGUUUGCUGUCAUCAGCCUCGCCUCCAUUUCUGUUUAUAUUGCAAAAAGAUUUAAGAGAAAAAACUACCACCACUCAUUGAAAAAAUAUAUGCAAAAGACCUCUUCAAUCCCACUGAACGAGCUCUACCCACCACUCAUUAAUCUCUGGGAAGGUGACAGUGAAAAGGACAAGGAUGGUUCUGCAGAGACCAAGCCGACCCAAGUUGACACAUCCAGAAGCUAUUACAUGUGGUAAUUCAGAGGAUAUUUUGCUUCUGGUAGUAAGGAGCACAAAGACUUUUUUGCUUUAUUCUGCAAAAAUGAGAAGUUGAAGACUUCUGUAUUUUUGACUUUGCUAGUUUGUGGCAGAGCGGUGAGGACAGGUGGAUAUUUCAGAAUUUUUUAGUAUAGCGUAUCGCAAUUGUUUGACACAAAUGGCAGCUUCACCUAGCUUCCGAUUUUUUCCCCCCUUUUCUUUUUUUAGUUAUUGUGCUAAACUUACUGCUGUUCUAACUACAGUGCUGAAUAAGAUUAACCAGAGGCUGGGGUGACCCUGGGAUCCCACAGUAGCACAACCCCAUUCUUCUGAAGCCAUCGGUGGAGCACGGGAUCUCCCAACGCAAACACGGUUCUGAAACUGCAUCGACCUCGGGCUGGAACCUCCGGACUCAUACGCUGAGCACAGGAGACCUUGGAUGACGUUAGCUGACUGUACUGUAAUGUUGUAUCAACUGAUUUGAAUGUUUUUGACUUUGAACAAUGAGUUUUCUUUUUUCUUUUUAUUUUUGUAGUAGUUGAAAAGGCUUAGGUAAAGCUAACAGGCAAUAGAAAUAGGUACAUCCAAUUUUUUAAUGUAACAGACUAAAUGUUAAUUGUUCUUUUAUUCUUUUUAUUAUAUUUAGUAGACACUUUUGAAGAAUACUAGAGUUUUGUUGUGUUUAAAUCACCAACACAUGGUGUUCAAUGAAGGCAGAGCUAUAAUAAAUUUAGUUUGGUUCCAAUUUUUUAUUUUAGAAAUCACAAUAAUGUAUUCGGUUUAGAUGUCACUAGUUUGACUGGUGAUCAUGUUUUGACAUAAAAUAUAUCCAAAAUGUUAUAUAAAAAUAUCGUGUUUUUUUUCUUGAUGGAAUUACGUUUCAACAAAGUUCCAAUUUUUUUUGUAUGCGUAUAUUUUAACAGCAGUGUUUUCUCUGCCCUAGAUGCAAAAUAUUGACAAUAAUUUAAUCAGAAGAGUGUAUCGGUAUGGCUUUUGGACUGUAAGUCGCAUGCAGAAUCAAAACUGUUUGGCAUAAGGCACACAGCAAGAAUAACUCAGUGUGUAACAAAACAUUUUGCUUUUUGUAUACUUUUGUGUUUAUAUUCUGAGCCAAGAUAUAAAUGAAGCUGACAUUUAGCUGUCAUUAUGAGCAUUAGGUCAAAGAAAACAACUCAGUGCUAUGAAAUUGAAAUAAAGCAGUUGAAUCUGGUAUAUACUUAAAACAAACAAAAGUGAAUUGGAUUAACAUUCCUUCAAAAGCAGAGAUUUAAGAUAGCUACAACUAACAAAGUCAUAUGUUUGGGUCCAAUGAGAAGCUGUACUUUUUACACGCUUAAAAUUAACGCCUACUCUAAGUAUUUUACCGAAUUAAUAUGGUAAAAGUGCAAAACCUCAGAAAGCAGCGGCGUCUCUCUGUGUGCACUGGGUAUAAUAUAAAUGCGUAGUUUACACUUGAACCUACAGAAGCUUUGUACGUUGUCUUUUCUGAAUCCAUGCAAGCUCUCGGCAGGGACUGCACAGAGUCGCGAGCAGGGCGGGUUCUGGUGCAGGACGUGGUUCCACCCACACUAGAGCCCUCAGCAGAAAGCACAGAAUUUUCUACUCUUUAUGACCACUAUCAAUGUGCAACUUUUUAAAUGUUUUUACAUACCAAAUACGUUCUUGGUAAGUAAAAGUUAAUUGUUAAAAUAAUGGAUGUGCCUGGGUUUUGGGAUUGUUUGAAGUUUUCUGACUCGCUACCUUCUCAAAUACAUCAAAGACCCCUCCAAAUUUACAGAUAGCUUCAAACUUCUUUUUCCCUUUCAGCCAACUGUCUAACAGUGAAAAUGUUAUCAGCAUAGUUUCAUUAAUAAGAUGCUUUGGUGCAAAAACUUCAGUACAUCUCUUGGAUACAUGCCUUGUUGGUCUUGCAUUUCAACAUAAAGCUGAGUGAAGCUAUUAAUUAUGCAUUUAAAUCAAGUACUUAUGCUGCUACACACAAUCUUUUAUAUUUUCAUGAGAUCUCAUACAUUUUUAAUCAGGUGACAAUUAGAUGUUAGGAUUAGGCAAGUGUCUUUUGAUCAUGGAGAAAUACCACAGUGGAAGCAUUUAUUCAUCACCUUCUGUGUUUGUUUCUAAUGUUAAUGGAAAAUUUCUUCUUGCCUUUUUCUCCAAAAUACCUUCAAAGCAAUAAUUAUCAUCUUGUCUCUACACCAUUCUAACCUUAAAACUGCCUCUAUUAUUAUAGCAGACAUGAUGAAUUAAAACUGAGAUCUCUUUUGCAGUGAAGAUUCACUCUCCUGUUUCCAGAGAAAAGGACACAGGACAAGGCUGACAGCAAAAUUAUGGCUUCCAACUUGCAUGACAUCAUUAAAUUGCCUUUAGAAAACAAUUAACUGAGCAGAUGUCGGAUGGUGCAGAGCAAAACCCUUGAUCCACAAUCCCCUCAGCUUCCUGCAGCACCUGUACAGCUACACCAUAACUAAGUGAAGAAGAUCAUGCAAAGCCCAUGGUGCUCUGAGCCUCCAUUGAACUUGUGGCAGAACAUAUCACUUCGGGUUCAAGGUGCUGGUUCAUCUAUCGCCAUCAGCUAACCUAAGCAUGGGGCUACGCUCCAAAACAGCGAUCCUGCUCUUCCUCCUCCCUCUGCCCACCUCCCAUCCUGGGUUACACACAACAUGGGGAUCUACUUGCCUUCUGAACAUGCUCAUAUCGACCAGUCCUGCCUGGUGGAGACAGGCCACACUGAGAACUUUGCUCUAUGUGUGUGUGUGCGUGGCUGAAUUUGUUUUCUCCUGGUUAUCUUCUACAGUUUGGGCUGUUUCAGACACACAGUGACUGGCAAAAAGGAAGGUGGCAGGGACAGCAGGACAAAGCAGCACUCGACAGUCCGAUCAGCAAUUGCCACCAGCGGCUGGGGGUACAGGAAGUAAAGCAAUGUUCAUUGUGUUCCUUUCCACUGGGGAAAUAACAGGCCUUUUGUUCCCUGCAGACCUAUUUGGCAGUUUUAUGUCAUUCGUUAUCUUUUUAGAGCAAUGCUGCUGAAGAACAGCAGGAGCCAAUGGCCUUAUGACAGGCACACGCUUCUCCAGGACGUGCUGAGCCGCAGGGACCAGGGUACGGACGGCGCAGGGACUUCAGGAGAGACGCAGGUUACCUGAGAGCAGCCGAGCCACAGGAAGCACCUAAUGAAUGCAGGACAUUCUGCACACACAGCCACCAGGGAGAACUAUUUCCAGCCUUGUAAUCUGACCCCUUAGAAUUCUGUACAGAUCCCAUGGAAAUUUAAAAUUUUGCUAAUAAAAGAAAAAAAGUGUGUAAGAGAUUAAUCACAUGUGGCAUAUAAUCUUAGUAAAUAACCUUCAACCUCGUGCUAGCAGUUUUCUGCUUGCAGUUUAUUGUAAGCAAAAAUAAAAAUACUCUGCCUAAUUGCCUUCAAAAUGUAUCUGCAUCUUCUAUUCACUGAAGACAAAAAAAAACCACCCCCAGAUUGCUCAGAAUCAGAGACUGAGGCUGGCCCCUUUAAAAACUGUAUGGGAAAAAACGUCGUUAUCUUUCAUUUGGCUAACAGUUUAGAAAUGCUGUGUAAGAGUGGGUAUUUCAUACCCAACUAAACUUCUGCAGUGCUAUUUCUACUUGAUUGCCCAAUAAUAAAAUAUUUCAGUCUCCUGAAGAGUAAAUAGCUCACUCAAAUGUAGUAUGCAGUAUUCCAGCUAAAUCCACUUUUCAUUUCCUCACCCGAAUCAUAAUAUCCUGUUGGACUGAGAGGGGAUAUUUUCACCCAUGAACCAAGACUGACACUGGACGUGGUCUUGGAAUGCAGCGCACAAAUACACCAAUACUUUCACAGAGCCACGAUCUGCCCUCCGGCCCUGCCUCAUAAAUAUGUACUCAUUUAGUUCCUAAAACAAGGUUACGAAGAGAAAAGGACAACAGUUUGGACCACUGGUUUCAUACACAGGUUAAAACUGGAAAUAGGUCAGCAAAUCUGAGGUCCAGGGAGAAACGCGUAAACUUGCCAUAUUGGCAUUGACCAUCUGGGAUAGAAGUGAUAAAAAGGAGCGUCUUCUUGUGUUUUUUUGAGUUUAAAUUGGGAAGCUCCUUUCGCUUUGUGCUGGCAACCUCGAAAACAAGACAAACCACUGCAAUGAAAUUCCUGAACUUAAGUGGGAUAGGCAGCUGGGGGCUGCUGCACCAUCUCCACCACAGCCCGUGCACCCUGUACGGAACAGGACAAUCCACUUGGGACACUUGUCAUCAUCUCGCCAUCCUACAAAGCAUCACGAUGAAUGUGUGCACAAGGCGUGAGUUGUGGUGGAAAAGCAGACAGGCAUAGGGUUCUGGAGGAGCUGUGUCACAAUCCACCUACCACGCUAGGAACAGCUGUUUGCUACACCAUGAUCGUGCUCUGCGACCCACCACGGAAACGAGGGCCAGAAACUGCUGCUGCUGCUGCAAUUUUCCUUCUCACGCUGUGCAGCGGCACAACUGCUGCAGCCCCAGCGCUCACAGCUGCGGAAACCCCGACAUGUGAACAUCAAACUUCUUUCUUCAGGAAAACCCAGAGUGCCUGAGCUGAGAUACCAAACGCUGUUACACAUAGCCCUUGUCCCUGCAAAAAAAGAUUCUACCGCUACCAAAAGCCCGAGGUAACAUUUCUUCGCAGCAUCAUCAUACAGAAAUUAACGCUUUGUGUUCCCCCUGAACUGUCAACCAUUUAAUCUUCUCCUUUUCUGCUGUAAUUACUGCAACUGUUCACACUUGAGAACUUUUAUCCACCCUGCAGUCAGCCUUCCCCCGCUCUCAUCCUGCCUCGCGCUCUUCUGCCGCUCAAGGGCAAAUCCUCCACAGCUUGGGUCAUCACAAGAUCUCAAGAGAUUACACUAAAGGACUUAUAAUUCAUAUUUAACUUUGCAGAUGCCUAUUUUCUCCACCAAACUUUCUCCCUUCACCUGAUUCUUGUGUUUUUUAGCAGUCUCCCCUGGGAGACCUCGCUGGCCGCUGUCAGUCCAAGUCAGAUGAAGGAUGCGCUGCCUGUCACCUCCCCACUCCCCGCCAAUGCACACAACCUUAGCAAAACCCCAAACGUCUUCCCACGGCCCUCCGCUCCAGUUCUUUAUCCGCCCUUACUUCUGAGCACAUUACGACCCUCUGUUUAUGUUUUCCACUGGUACAAAAGCAACAAAAGACUUAAUUUUUCUUUCUAGUAAGGUAAAGGAGGUUUACUGUGAAAUCUGUACUAUUGUAUAUUAAUGUGAAGUAGACCAAAGGAAUGCUGAAUCACAACAGAAGAGUCAGAACAACAGUUUUUGAAAUACAUGAAAAUAAAUACUUUGGAAAAGCUGGAACUGGUCAUUAAGUAAAAUUUUCAAAAGCAACUAAAUGACUUGAGAGCUUACAUCUCGUUAAGUUCAGUGGAAUGUUAGGUGCAAAAUCAGGUAAAUGAGAUUUCCAAGCGCAGCUGGAAAUGUUAACUUUCCUUUAAUUCUGAGCAGCUGUGAAGCAUUUUCUGUGGAAUUUUUUAACAUGGAUAUUUUUCAGAAAUCACUUGGAAACCAUAAUUUUGAUCUCAGUUAUAGGGGUAGGGGGGUGUGAUUUAAAUCCUGUCAUCCUCAGUGGAGUUACUGAUUUACUGUGAUCUAUACAAGGUCUACAACUUUAAAAACUGCAGUUCCAGGCUUCUGCUCACAAUGGAGUCAAAGCUCUUGGCAGACUCUUUAAACAGUAGCUUUUUCUACUGCAGCCUGUUCUGCCGGACUUGAUUUCAAGCAAGAAUUAAUGUAUCAGAAAAGAUCAGGGUGGGGAACAAAGAAGAAAGAUCACUGAAGUACUGACUACUUUCAGGUUUGAAAAAGGUCAUUAAACAUGAACAACCCCAAAGACUCGCUGUGCAACCCAAUAAUACAGGUCAUUUACAAACCUAUUGCUCUAAAACAUGAACAAGAGAAGUGCUCAUAACUAAUUUUUUUUUUUUUGUUUCAGGUAUGAAAUUACCCUUUUAUCCUUCAUAUUCCAUUUGAAUAGUUCUCUAUAAUAAUAAUAAUAAUAAUAAAAAGGACUACACAUCCUAUACUCAA